GGUCAUUAAACACAAACACAUUCUUCAUUUAUUUCUCUUUGCUCCAAAAUUACUUUGCAGCCAAAAUACGAUAAUUCCGUUAUUGAAAACAAUAAUAUUGAAGAAAUGGCAAGUUUUUUAGUAACAAACAGGUUCCUACAGGGUAUUUCUAUGAGAUAUUCUCUCAUGACAUGGCGUAGUAUUGGUGUAAAAUCAAUUUUUAUUAAAAGUACGAGAGACUUAUCGCAUGAAUUGAACCAUAUAGAAAUAAAAACUAAAUUUGCUCCAGUCUCGCCACAGAUUUCAUUACGCAGGUUCAGUGAAAAAGCCAAAAUGACCAAAUUGAGCGAAACAGAACGUACUGAGAUUUUAAAGCCAUUGCUUUCAUCUGGCUGGAGUGUUGUGGAUGAUCGCGAUGCGAUUUAUAAAGAAUUUAUUUUUAAAAACUUCAAUGAAGCAUUCGGUUUUAUGACACGAGUAGCUUUAUUAGCAGAUAAAAUGGAUCAUCAUCCAGAAUGGUUCAAUGUUUACAAUAAAGUUAAAGUCACAAUGUCUACCCACGAUUGCGGUGGUUUAUCACUGAAGGAUGUUAAAGUUGCUACUUUUAUGGAUGAAAUCUAUGGAAAAUGAUUUUGGAGAGGAAAAAUGAUUUGAACGUUGUGAUUUUUUCUUUUUGGGAGUAAAAGUGUUGAACUAAUAAAAGACUCAAAGUUAACAGA